CAAAAAGUGAGAGACAGACGCUUCACUGAAUUUCGGGUCAUUUUUAUUUCUUUAAUUUACAAUGUCUCUGGGAAUGUCUUAUAAACCCAACGUCAAUCAGCACAUUCCGGGAACUUCUGGGAACCAGGUUGGAAAUCUCCAGUCUGCCUCAGCAGCUAACCUGGCCACGUUGCAGUCUUACAGGCCUCUGCUGAGUGACUACGGACCUCCAUCUCUGGGAUUCUCACAGGGUUCCACUGGCAGCCAAGUGCCCCAGAACAAAUAUGCAGAGCUGCUGGCCAUCAUCGAGGAACUUGGGAAGGAGAUCAGGCCCACAUAUGCCGGAAGUAAGAGUGCAAUGGAGAGACUGAAAAGAGGAAUAAUCCAUGCUAGAGGCCUGGUGCGUGAGUGCUUGGCGGAGACGGAGAGAAAUGCCAGGUCCUAGCUCCGGACACACAGCCGUCCCUGCGAAAAAGAACCAACAGUGUGUGUCUCAUGAAAAUAAAAAAUAACUUGCAUGGCAUUCCCUUUGAGAGGAGGAAGUAAAUUAACAGAGGAUGGAAAAGCAAGCUCCUAGAGGAGAAAAAAAACAACAAAAAAACAGUAACACGAUUCAUGAUUCCUGAGGGUUGUUGAGGAUCAUUUUAAUUACAUGUGGGUUAUUGGAAUUCAAAUAUCAUGGAGGAUAUCAUGUGUUUUUAUGCCCCACUUUUGGGAUCUUAGUUUUGACUCAAUUUUUAAAGAAAUGAAUUUUAAAGAAUAAUGCAUGCGAAAGGGCCCAUGGUUAAUUUGUAGACACUGCAUGGCUUGUACAGGGGCAGAUGGAGACUUCUUUUUGAUAGUGUUUGGUCUGUUUCUCAGACCCCUAUAACACACAUGACCGAGUGAGUGAGGGACAGAAAUGUGCCAAAUCCAUUGGUUCAUUCGUGUUGAGGUUGGUUUUGGUAUUAAAAAAAUGGAAAAUGCUGUUACUUGCAUCUUUGUAUGUAUUUAUUACUCAGUGUAAUAAAUUGUAUUUUCAA